AUGUCGAAUCGCUUGCCGACGCUUCAUGCCAUGAAUACCAUCACCUUGUUGGAAGAUGGUAUUUCGGAGGAGGAGGAGGAAGAAGAGGUUCUCAACAAUCAGACUCUCAUGAGCAUCACUAAUGAAAUUAUUGAAUAUUUAUUAAAGAUUGAUCGACAUCAAGAAACAAUUCUUGGGAAUCCAGAAAUGAACAUUCCUGAAUCGGAACAAUCAACAUUAAAUGGUUCCAAAGAUUCAACAGAAACCAUUGUACAAGAAUCGGAAAAUUCGUUGGAUCCCAAGACUAAAAAAAUUAAAUUACAUGAUGAUGAUGAAACACGAUUGCCUCCAUUAUUAGUCUCUCCAAUUUGGAAUUCAGUUCGUAAUGAAGAAAUUGAAAAAAAAAUAUUGCAUUGUGUGCCGACGGUCUUAAUGUCCAAUGGAUUGGAGCAUAUGGAAGAAGGAUCUGAUUUUAUUGAACUCUUGUUUAACGUUUUUACGACAAAUUCUUCCCUUUCUAUUGACUAUCAUAUUGCACUGCUUCAAGAGUCGAUAGAAGUAAUUUUUUUGUAUUAUACUUCGCUCGUUGACUCUGUAGGAAGUAGUGCAACAUCAGACACAGUCGAAACCUUUGAAAAUGUGAUGAUUAGUAAUGUAGUGAAAUAUUUAUUAGCCGUUUUAGGAAGAGUGGGAAGACAUUUAUCAACAUUUAAUAGAUAUCAAAAGGGAGAUGCAUAUGCUGCUUAUAUAUUUUAUUAUUGUGAGGGAAUUCAACUUUUAGACAAAUAUAUACUCAAGUUUAUUCCUGACCACAAGAUACUGAGUGACCUUAAGGAACAAAUUCUUAAUUUUACACACAUCUUGUACGAAUUGAUGGUGCCUAUAGAUAUCGAUCUUGAAUUGGAUUUUAUUAGAAAACUUUCAACCACCUUUUUAGACACGUUAUCUCAUAUUUCAUUUGUAAAACAAACUGUAUACUUUGAUCUUUACUUGCUUGGAGAGGAACUAAAAUCUCACAUGAACUUGAAAAGGAUUUAUCUCGCUUGCUUAUUAAUUGGUACCUUUCGAUUUCAAAACUAUGAAUCUAUAGUGUCAUCAUGUGUUGACCAUGAGAAUCAACUUAUUCGAGCAAUUGCUGUAUGGUCUUAUGGCAGCAUUUGUGACAAUAUUGAACAUUGUAUUUUAAGAAUGCAAAAUAAGCUUGUCACCGAAGAAAGUGCUGUCGUCAAGGUAGCUAUACUCAAGUUUCUGUCCACCUACAUUUCAAAAUCGGAUGGUUUACCGAAUUCUUUUUAUGAGAAUUUAUUUUCCUCAAUAUUUACCUCUGUCUGUCAUGAUUUAGAAAAGAAACAGCACUACUCACUGACCAAGACAUGGCAUCUCAUUCAGCAGAUUAUUAAAAAAUCUGCACCCUCUCGCCAUCUUGGACAAAUGCUUUCUGAAAUAUUUAUUUUGUUAGAAAACUCAAUGAAAUUACAAUGCACCACAGGUACUGAAAUUGGAAAUGUAAAUAAUAGCUUUAAGGAAGUACAUGCCAAAUUUUUUAAAAUGCUAAGUGAAAAAAAGAUACUUUCGCUUUUCACUAGUGACGAAAUUGCUGUCAUCAAAGACUCUACAUUUGUAGCCAUCAAGAGAAUUGUUUUUUCCAAUGCCUCUUCCUUUGAUCAAGUACUAUUGAAUAAUUAUGUAGAUUUAAUAUGUGAGCUGAUGAAUAAGGAAACGAUCCAGAUCAUGAUCUCUUCACAUCAAGUGCUAGUAGUGGCAUUGUUAAGAAGUAUAUCUUUCAAAAAGAGAGCAGGUCACUCUUUCUUUUCCUUUGUUUGUCGACUGGGAGUAUAUUUGAAAGCGUUUCUGAAAUUGCCUGAGAUUGUGAAUAUUAUGGUUCACGACAUGAUUCAACGAGUUCCUUCGCUUGUGGAAUCGUUUACAACCAUUGACGACACUCUCUCUUUACUAUUUUUACUGAAUAGUAUUGCAGAGCUACUCAAAGAGUAUGGACCACUCAUCCAAGAGCAAGAAACACUCAGGUCACAACUGUCAUUUGCUAUUCAAGCAAAUAUUAUUCCAGCAGUCCAAAGCAAAAGCGUCAUUAUGAACAGUUACAAAGCUUCAGAUAAGUCCAUGGAUGUAUUUAUGAUCAUCAAGUCCACUUUCUGCAACAUUAUUUCAAAAAUUUAUUGUUACUUUGACCCACAAAUAGUUGUGAACAAUUUCAACAAAACUCGAGAAACUUUUUUAUACUUUGCAGAAAAUCCUCAAUUAAGGAUGGGACUCGAGCAAUUGGAAUACUUUACAACAUUGAUUGGUGUGUUAGAAAGCAUUACUGACGUUGAAAAUACUAAUUUAGAUUUCAGUUUGUUGCAAAAUCCUCUAUUGCUAGAAAUGACCAUUGGAAUUUUGAAACGACUGAAACAUGCCAUUGAUUCGUUCUAUUUCAGAGCUGAGCUUAAUGUGGUAUACGAAGGCGAAGAGAUGACUGCCGAUUGGAAACGGUUAAUGAUUAAGGCCAAUCGAUUGAGGUACCUCCUUGAAACACAAUCCAGAGAUUUAGAUAUUGCUUAA